AUGGCCAGCGACGAAGAUGGGUUUCGUGCCCCACGCUUCGACGGCGAAGACGUAUCCCCGACCACAGAGAGGGAACUCAGAGGUUGGUACAGUACUGGGCUAGCCGCUGAGAUCUUUGCCGUGUGCGGUGUUGGAUCAUUUGCCCCGGUGACUCUCGAGCAGCUCGCUCGCGAAAGCGGCGUGUUGCGUUCGGACGGUACUACACCAUGUAUCCAACCCAAGGCAUCAACAGGCGAGCGACUAGCUCAUGUGCUCAUUCGAGCAAUAACCAGCAGAGAUGACGAUGAGGACAGCCAAUGUAUUGUGCGUCCGUUUGGCCGUGAUAUGGCCACCUCCAGCUUCGCCAUGUACACCUUCUCUAUUGCCGUAUUCGUACAGGCAUUGGUCUUGAUAUCCUUCAGUCCAGUGGCCGACUAUGGUACACACAGAAAACGUCUGGUCCUGAUGUUCGCCUUCACCGGCGCAACAGCAACAGCGGCCAUGGUCUUGGUCUGGCCGCAGGUCUACCUCCUUGGCUCGCUUUUCAUCAUUGUAGCCGUUGUGUGCUUGGGGUCGACUUUUGUCUUGCUCAAUGCCUUUCUGCCUUUACUAGCAGCCCGCCAUCCAAUUGUACAGGCACAGUCAAACGGCUCAAUCGUGCAGCUGCCAAAACUCGAAAGCACUUCGCCUGAGCUGAAGCUCUCGACUCAGAUAUCUGCCAAAGGGGUCGGAUUGGGCUAUGCGGCGGCAGUAUCUGUACAAAUCCUCAGUAUCCUACUGCUGGUACUGCUGAAGAAGGCCAACUUUGCUGCCGAGUCGACACCCCUUCGCUUCGUGCUCCUGCUUGUCGGGACAUUCUGGUUUGCGUUGACACUGCCAGGAGCUCUGUGGCUGCGCAACCGUCCCGGUCCAUCUCUGCGUAUCUCAACUCCCUGGAGUAGCCGUCUCCCGGCUGCCUUCCAAUACCUCACUUUUGCCUGGCGCUCUGUCUGGAACACUGUCAGAACAGCCACGAAGCUACGGCAAACCUGGGUCUUUCUCAUCGCUUGGUUCCUACUUUCUGAUGCCAUAGCGACUGUCUCCGGGACCGCUAUCCUUUUUGCUCGCACGGAGCUUCAUAUGGGAACUAUCGCUAUCGCCCUCUUGUCCAUCACAGCAACAGCUUCAGGAAUGGCUGGAGCGUUUGCUUGGCCCAGGAUAUCGAGAAGGUUUGGGUUAGAGACCAAAUACACGAUUUUAUUCUGCAUGAUCAUGAUGGAGAUCAUCCCACUCUAUGGCUUGCUUGGCUUCAUCCCGUUCGUCAAGUCGUGGGGUGUCAUUGGGCUCCAACAAGCCUGGGAAAUCUACCCACUAGGCUUCGUGCACGGCUUUCUCAUGGGAGGCUUGUCAUCGUACUGUCGAGCCUUCUAUGGUGAGAUAAUACCACCUGGAUCCGAGGCAGCGUUCUAUGCCCUGAUGGCCAUCACGGACAAGGGAAGCUCGGCCGUGGGACCUGCUAUUGUAGGAGCUAUUGUGGAUGCACUCGGCACCAUUCGACCCGCUUUUGGAUUCCUGGCAGUCCUGAUUGCAAUGCCGAUGCCGCUGAUCUAUAUUAUCGAUGUAAGGCGUGGACGGGAAGAGGCAUCCGCCUUGUCGAAGCACCUUGGUUACGAUGCUGGUGGGAUUACGAUGAACGAUUACGACCUAGUGGACGAGAACGAGGCUGGAGAGGGUCUUCUUAGGGAAGAAGAGACAACUUGA